CCCGUGAUGAACCCAGUGAGCACCCCCUGUAAAAGCACCUCCGGUAGCAGCAGCAGCUCCUGCAAAGCGUCUACUCUGGCUGGCUACACUGGCUACGUGGACUUAAACGGCAAAGGUCUCCUCCUGCAUUGGAAAGUGACCUCUGAUACCAGUGUAGCUCUGGCCGUUGAGGCGAAAGCAGGCAGUGGAGCAGAGAAAGGGUGGUUCUCCGUGGGUUGGUCCGGAUCCGGUUCUAUGGUCCCUGCUGACGCAGUUAUCGGGAACGUGAAAGGCCUGUUGCCUGUAGCGAGUUACGCUAUAUCGGGGUAUAGUGCGAGUAAAAUCGCGGUCACUUCGCGGUUUGCAAUUGGGCAGCCAGAGCUGCUGACGUCAACCAGUGGCGUCACCAUGAAGUUUGGUCGCAGCAAGGCUGACGGGGAGGGCAUAGCGGCGAUCAACUACAAGGGAAAGAACAAGAUCAUCUGGGCAUACUCGGGCGAUGGAGCUCGCACCAUCAACGACCACAAGAACAACUAUGGCACCACAACUGUGGAUUUCUCCUGCAAGCCUGCACCAACCAAGUGCUAGAAUCCUCCCAUCCUCUUCUCCCGAACAUUCGCAGGAUUCCCUGCCUCUUCUCUAUUUCCCCACCCCCAAAACAACCUCCUUUUGACAAUCACCUUCUUCCCUUAGCCCCUUAUUAUAAAGGGCUUGCCCGUUAUUAAAAAGGGAAGUUCACAGCUCAGAAAGAAGGGGUCUUAGACAUACACUUGUUACUGGUGCCAUUUACGGCACCUUAUAAAGUGUUGAAUGCUCAUCAUGGCAUCUAAUAAAAUGGUUUUGCAUGA